UUAAUGAUCGUACACAAAAAUGUGAUCCGAGUACACCAAGUUACCUUCCCUUGGGCAUAGGCACGGCUAGGUCCGCCCGCUUUGGGCCGCAGCAAACAGUGCAGAGGCCCUUCCCGGAGCUCCCGGGUUAUCUCCAGGCGCACACCUCGCCGCAACAGGGUGGCCUCGCCCCGGGACGACGGCCUCCCCCAUCGCCAGAGAGUCCUCCUCUCCAAAUCUCCGUUCAGCCCCCGGCCCUCCAGGAAGGGCCCGAGGUGAAGAGCCCUCUCUCGCGGCCCGGUCCCUCUCUGGAGGCCCGACCGGCGGCGCGGGCAAUCUUUGCCCGGGCGAGUCCUUGAAAUCUAUAUUUAGUGCACGCCACCCCUCCCCCCACGGCUGGGAGGCGGGCGGGCCGGAGGGGUGUGUGGGGAGAGCCCCGCCCCGCCAGGCGGUGUGUCGUGUGGGUUUGGGGCCCGCGCGGCUUGCGCGCCCUCCGCCUUUGCGUUCCUGCCCCCAAGGCCGGGCUGCUGCCCUUGCGCCCCUCGCCCCGCCGGGCGUCGCGGGCCAACAUGGGCCAGGAAGAGGAGCUGCUGAGGAUCGCCAAAAAGCUUGAGAAGAUGGUGGCCAGGAAGAACACGGAAGGGGCCCUCGACCUUCUGAAGAAGCUGAACAGCUGUCAGAUGUCCAUCCAGCUACUCCAGACAACCAGGAUUGGAGUUGCUGUUAAUGGGGUCCGUAAGCACUGCUCAGACAGGGAAGUGGUGUCCUUGGCCAAAGUCCUCAUCAAGAACUGGAAACGGCUGCUGGGUGAGAGGGGGCAAGACUCCCCUGGGCCCCCCAGAGGAGAAAAAGGAGAAGAAAGAGAAAAAGCAAAGAAGGAAAAGGGGCUUGACUGUUCCGACUGGAAGCCAGAGGCAGGCCUUUCUCCACCAAGGAAAAAAAGAGAAGAGCCAAAAGACAGGAGAGAUUCUGUGGACUCCAAGUCUUCAGCCACCUCCUCUCCAAAAAGGCCAUCGAUGGAAAGAUCAAACAGCAGCAAAUCAAAAGCGGAGACCCCCAAAACACCCAGCAGCCCCUCCACCCCCACCUUUGCCCCCUCUGUCUGCCUCCUGGCGCCCUGCUAUCUCACAGGGGACUCUGUCCGGGACAAGUGUGUGGAGAUGCUCUCAGCAGCCUUGAAGGCGGACGAUGACUACAAGGACUAUGGAGUCAACUGUGACAAGAUGGCAUCAGAAAUUGAAGAUCAUAUCUACCAGGAGCUCAAGAGCACCGACAUGAAGUACCGGAACCGUGUGCGUAGCCGGAUCAGCAACCUCAAGGACCCCAGGAACCCCGGCCUGAGGAGGAACGUGCUCAGCGGGGCCAUCUCCGCAGGGCUCAUUGCCAAGAUGACAGCAGAGGAAAUGGCCAGUGAUGAGCUAAGGGAACUGAGGAAUGCCAUGACCCAGGAGGCUAUCCGUGAGCACCAGAUGGCCAAGACAGGUGGCACCACCACUGACCUCUUCCAAUGCAGCAAAUGCAAGAAGAAGAACUGUACCUAUAACCAGGUGCAGACACGCAGUGCUGAUGAGCCCAUGACCACCUUUGUCUUAUGCAAUGAAUGUGGCAAUCGCUGGAAGUUCUGCUGAUUGAACUGCCAGCCAGGAUUUCAGUGAACAACAUGAGGAAGAACAAAGAGAAAACACUAAGCCAUCAUAACUGGAGAAAAAAUAAAAAUUAAAGUGAAGAAAAA